AUGGCCGCCGCUAUCCCCAUCUCCUCGUUAGCUCCCAACGACUCGACUCCUUUCCCGACUGUAAAAGCUGCCCCGUCUGCUCUAAAGACCAACUCGCCCGCCCUCAAACCGAACCCUCAUCCAUACGCCAUCAAGACCAGCUCAACUGGCGCACUCGCCCGCUCAAACUCGUCAUCCGCCGCCCCGUCUGUGCGGCACCACUACGUCCCCUCACCUUCACCUCGCAGCCCGGAGCGACCCAGCAGCCGGUCCGAGUACCGCGGACAUCGGUACUCUACGUCGAUCUCUGGUAGCAGUGAUCGCAUUCAACUGUCACCAACGCGCUCCGAACGGUCACUCAGCGAGGAUUCGAACUCUGGACUUGAAUCACCGGCGCCACUUCCUGCGCCCGGCCCCAGGCGCUCCAAACGUGCGGAGACGUUGCCAACUGUCAAUACCGCCACCGCAGCUGAUAUCGCCGCAUUCGCUGCUGGCGUCACGGCUCAGGCCAGCGUCGAGGACCUGCCCAGCAACCCGAAGCUCUGGACACCUGCUCAACUCAGCGCAUAUUUGGUUCGCGCCCUUCGUGUACGGGCUGCCACCGGCGAAGCAGUAGUCGCGGGACCCGUCGCGAGGGACAUCGCAGCGUGGGUUCGGGCUCAGUCUAUCACUGGUCGAGUGUUCUUGAGGUGGACGGAGGAAGAUCUCGAAGUUCUCGGUACCAACAUCCUCUGGCGCACCGCCCUUCUCACUGCAUCUCGCAACCUCCGCCAGAACGUCAUCCGCGGUCGCAUCUGGGGCUCAUCUUCCCCGCCCUCCGACUCUCACUUCCCCUCCGAGCUAUACAACUCCGCCUCCUCGACCGAGUCCCUGAACACUAACGACACCGGCUCCAGCCCCGGAGCGAGGCUUCGCAGGCGCAACGCCGGCCGCGUCAAAGGCCUCGUCAACCGCUGGGAAACAGCCAGCCAGAGCGGCAGCGAAGCAGGCAGUGAAUCCGAGUCCGAGAUGCCCGCCUCGCUCUCAUCCUUCACGUCGUUCCACCCCCACUCUGCGCCUGCCACUCGCACGGCUUUCACGGGCGCUGAGACCGAUCCCGCGCCAUGGCCGUCGAGCGCAGUGGGCGAAAGCGAGGAGCCGACGAUGGAAGAGCUUCUCGCCGCUGGCGAAGAUAAGAAGGGAUCGUGGGGCGCUCGAGCGUGGGAAGCAUUUGACAUUUCGGGCGGUGUUCAGGAUACGGUCAAGAGGCUGCCGAGCGAUGGAGAAAAAGAGCUGCCUCCGCCCCCACCGUACGCGUCCCCGCAGAACGAGCUUGGAGAGAAGGAGCAGGUGUGGAAUACGGUUGUCCCGCGUCGCGAGGGCUCCGGAUCGAGCUCGGGUGGGAGUGGUGGGUUUGCCGGUAGCGCGAAGAGGAUUCGCGGUGGGACAGGGAGUGGGAGGGGGAAGAAGGAUUCAAGGAGGAUUGUCACGGCCGUGUUCAUGCCUGCCGAUCUUGAAGGGGAGGGGCCACUUGCGGAGAAUGUGCAAGAGGCACAGGACGUCGUCGUCGAGGAGCCCUUGAAGGAGGAUCUCGCUGCGAAGGAAGACGAGGUCGCGAAGAUCAAGGCACUCGAAGAUGCGCGCAUCGAAGCGCUCGAGACUGAAGUUGCCUCCUCCCGCGCGAUGUUGGCCGCUCUCCGCGAGCGACUCGAGGCCAUCGAAGGUCGUGUAGCGGCUAUGGAAGCCGACGAGCGAAAGCUCGACAUCAUCGGGGCACAUCCCGUCGAGGUCGAAGCAGCUGCACAACCCUCCACCGGUGUCGAUCAAGUCAUCCGCCGGUCUGAGGCUCGCAGGAGGGCCGACGACAGUGAGGAUGAUAGGGCGAAGACACUCGAGCCUUACGCGCUCGGUGAUAUCCCGAGCUAUGUCGUCCUUGUUGGGCUAGGCGUGUGCGCCGUCGUCCUCCGCGUCGUCAUGCAGCGCGUUGCUCUCGGUCGGCGCGCCUGA